CAGAAAUCAAGAAAAGUAAAACUCUUUGGUAAACACGUAAACAUUAUUAGUGCGCGUAGUUUAAUUUGAUGAAGCUAUUUGGUGACCAUCUUUGCGCGUGCAUGGCUCGGUUGCUUUUUAGUAAUACUAAUGAAAUAUGCUGAAAGAAUGACUGAAUUUCUGAAAGCACACCAUUAAUAUAACAAUGAAACUGAAAGAACUGGAGAGUUGCCUUCAGCAAGUGGACGGGUUUGAGGAACCAAAGAUCCUCCUCGAACAGUAUCCCACUGGCCCACAUAUAGCAGGUUGCAUGCUCUACACCAUCCACAACACAUUCAAUGACAUUGAGAAUAAACUGGUUGCUGAUCUGGGUUGUGGAUGUGGAGUGCUCAGUAUAGGAGCUGCUGUCUUAGAUGCAGGACUCUGUGUAGGAUUCGACAUUGACAGUGAUGCUCUGGACAUCUUCAAACGAAAUGUGGAGGAAUUUGAGCUGCCAAACAUCGACAUGGUCCAGUGUGACAUCUGCUCAAUUGGGUCAUUAUAUGCAAAGAAAUUUGACACGGUGAUCAUGAACCCACCGUUUGGCACAAAGCACAAUCAAGGUAUAGAUAUGCAGUUCCUAAAGACAGCACUGUCCAUGUCAAAGGGAGCAGUUUAUUCUCUUCAUAAAACGUCUACACGAGAUCACAUACAGAAGAAGGCGAGUGACUGGAAAGUGAAAAUGGAAGUAAUCGCAGAACUUAGGUAUGAUCUGCCAGCAUCGUACAAGUUUCAUAAAAAGAAAUCAGUUGACAUCCAAGUGGACUUUAUUCGAUUCAGCCCAACAUGAAACCUGAGCUUUUUUUGUUUUGUUUUGUUUUAAUACAACUUUCAACUUUCUCUAGAACACUGUUUUUCUUAAUGUGGAUAUAUUUUAAAAUGUUGUGUUCUUAUGUCUGGACACCACUGUAAGUUUGCUUUGAAAUUUCUUCAUAUAGUGUAUUUAGGGUAGAGGUCUGGUCAUAUCCAGAAAUGGUCAGGAGAGUGCAGGUUUUCAUUCCAAACAAGCAGAACAACUGAUUAAACAGGUGGAAUCA